CUGAGCGAUGGGAAGCUGUGCGCCACGAUCCGCUGCGGGUCAUUUCACCUGCUCGUGUUUCUAAUCAAACCCGUGGUUUUUUUUAAUGCUGCCUGGGAAGGAUGAAGAGCUUUUUGCUUCGUUGCGUUUUUCUCUGGGCGACGGUGCAGCGGAGCCACAUGCAGAUGUCUGUACCUGCCACAGCGUCCAACUGCUGUGAAGGGGACAUCCUCUUACUGCUGGACUCUUCGGGAAGUGUAGCAAACUACGAGUUCUCGCGCCUGUUGCUCUUCACCGCUGAGCUGCUUCGGCCCUUUUCAUUGGGACGUGGGCACGUGAGAGUGGGGCUGCUGCAGGUGGGCACCCAGCCUCACCUAGAGUUCAGCCUGGACGUCCACAGCAGCCAGGACAGUCUGCAGAAAGCCCUGCGGGGUGUGAGCCAGCUGCAGGGAGACACCAACACCGAGGCGGCGCUCAGCGUGGCCCAGCGGCUCCUGACGAAGACGGAGGAGAACGUGCCAAAGGUUCUGCUGUGGCUGACGGACGGAGUGCAGCCCGGAGACGUGGACGGGCCGAUGUCGGAGCUGAAGGCGCAGGGCGUUUCUGUGCUGGUUGUGUCGACGGUGCACGGCAACUUCCAGGUGUUGCAGCGCGUGGUGACGCCUCCUCUGGAGUCUCAUCUGUACUCAGUGGACAUAGACAACAUCGACAUCAUCACAGAGGACCUGAGGGAGGCCAUCAUCAAAAUUAUUCGUGCAGAACGGCUGCGCGUGGUUCACUUGACUUCCCACGAUGCUGUGCUGCAGUGGCGUCCUGUUCUGAGUGCAGACGCUGGUUUCUACGAACUCUGGUAUAGCUCUGUGAGGAAAAGCGACCCAGAGAUCAGACGCACUUUAUCAGGCGACUCCAGCAGGGCGAAGCUGAGCAACCUGCAGCCUGAGACCACCUACACGGCUUUUCUCCGCCCAGAGACCAACCACGGCCUGUUUAACACACUCUCUGUAAACUUCACCACACUUCCUGAUAUUCUGAGCCCGGCAGUGGUGUCCUUGUCAGAUUCUGGCCCUCGUCAGAUCCGUGUCAGCUGGGGUCCCCUGCAGCCAGCUCGCGUACAGAGCUACACGGUGGAGUACGGAGCUAUUCCAAGCGGACGCGUCCAAACUGUGACUUUACACAAGCAGAAAAACUCCACUUUACUGACCGGCCUGGAGCCCAGCACUCAGUAUCUGGUCACCGUCAGCGCUCUGCACGUGGAUGGAAAAGAAAGAGCCAUGUCUGUGAGGGCGUGCACUCAGGAAGCAGCUCUGCCUGCGCUGGCCGACCUUCAGCUGGCCCCGGUGGCGCGACAGGAGGCGGAGGAGGUGCACGUAGCGUGGAAAGCCUAUCAGGAGGGGCUGAAAGGCUACUGGGUCACCUGGGAGAAGGAAAACCUCCACAGCUCAGCCUCAAAGCCCCCCAUUUCCACCAUCUACCUGCCUCCUACCUCCCGCUCGACGCGACUCACCAACCUCGCGCCAAACAGCCGAGUGUGUGUGUCCCCGGUCUACAGCUCGGGCCGAGGAGACGGGAUAUGCUGCACUGCAAAGACUCACACAGAUUCCAGCCAGUGGGGUUAACAACCAGACUCUGCAACAAUCAGGCAGCUGGAGCAAGAAAUGAGUGAAAUCGAGCAUUUUCAGUGCUGGACACAGCAGAUAGCUUGUAUAGGACUGAAAAGUACUUUUUAAGUGAUCUUGAAAUGAAAUGUAGUGACAGAAAAA